GCGUCAUGUCACGUGGUGGGGGGGCAGCUUCGCGCGUGGAGGAAGAAGAGGAAGAAGACUAGUGAGGAAGGGAGUGAGUGAAGUCGUCGGUCACGUGACGCUCACGUGACGGUGGUGGGCGCCGCUGCUGUUGCUGCUUUAUUUUCUAUUUUGUACAUACAUUGUUUUGUAUAUACUGUGUGCGAUGACUUCGGUGGGUAGUGAACGUACCCGGGGUACUCGGAACAAAACGCAAAUUUCAACCACGCAGCCAACACAACCACAGAAACACAUAGUACAGGAAAUCUCACUAGCUUAAAAGUUGCAGUGGACCUGAGGAAGCUGAAGUCAGAGCGAGAAGAUGGAUCAACAGAGCUUAAAUCCUGAAACCAGCAGACCUUUUGUUUUUGCUCUCUGCUGAGCUCUCAGCAGACGCCAAGAGCGAGCUCCUUCGCGCAGAGCACCACACUGGCCAGGAGGCUUUUGUGGAGGGUGGCACCAGGGCUGGUGCAGGGAAUUCCAGAGCAGGCUCUCCUCUUUGUUAUUGACUGAAUUAUGAAGCUGUCAGCAUGACACUUUGAAAAUGUGAAGUAGUGCAGAGUACUUAACUCCGUUACAAACACUAAUUGUCUUGGAACUUUGCCUCUGAGUGCAGCAAAUGUUGCUUCCCUCAAGGAAUUGGGACAGCUGCAGUAACUUCUCAGCAAAUAAGCAGCUGGUGGUGUACAGUGGAGUAAUUUUUAGACUCUUCUUAGUAUUUACACUUGGCGACCGCCUCUAGAACUUGUAUUUGUGGUAAGCUCCAAAGGCGAAGCAGUUUGAGGCUGAUUAAGUCUUAACUUGUGAGGCACAGAAUUUCAUGUGGGAAUCCCGGUCAAGUGAGACUGCGAAAGGUGGGAUUCAACCAGCUUCCCAGGAAGAAUCCUUUCCGUCAAGAAUUUCAGUGGAUGAAGUGGUCUCCUUCUCAAUGAAGAAGUCUUCUGCAGCAUAUCAACUCGCAUUUCGGGUCCUGGCUCUCUUCAGUAUCAGCCUUCUCUAGCAUGAGACGGCAACAGCAGAACAGAUUCGCCUUGCUCAGAUGAUCUACGAUAAGAACGAUGCAGAUUUUGAAGAUGAAGUGAAACAACUUAUGGAAGUGACGGGGAAAAAUCAGGAUGAGUGCAUAGUGGCACUACAUGAUUGUAAUGGGGACAUGAACAGAGCAAUCAACUUACUGCUGGAAGGAAGUUCAGACACGACUUCUUGGGAGACUGUAGGGGGAAAGAAGAAAAGCCUUGGAAAGGAAAGUUCAGAAAACAAAGAGAACAGAGAAAAACGAGGGGACAGAGAAGUGAGUCGCGGAUGGGGAAAUUCCAACAGACGGGGAAGAGGAGGCAGCUGUGGCCGAGAAUUUAGAGCUGAAGAGAAUGGAGUGGACAACAAUCAAGGAGACAAGCCUUCAGACCGUGGGAAACGUGGCCGUGGGAGAGGGUUUGGACGUGGCAGAGGGAGAGGAGCGGGGAGGUUUUCAGCCCAAGGCAUGGGGACAUUUAACCCUGCAGACUAUACAGAGUCUUCUGCCACUGAUGGCUUUGGGACAAAAUCAGAGAUUUGGGAGGCUGGUCAGGAUGAUGCAGAUGAUGGAACUGUAGGACCAUGGAAAAACUCAAUAGAAGAGUGGACAGCAGAAGACUGGAAUGAAGAUCUUUCUGAAACAAAAGUCUUCACUGCUUCCUCUGUUCCAGCUGAGAAUCAUGUGACUCCUGGGCAAAGCAUUGAUUUGGGAACACUGCUUCAAAAGCCUGUGACUUCUACCCAAGAGGCAGAAGGCAACUCAUAUGAGGCUCCCCAGCAGCAGACCUUUGGCCAAGCCCUAGUCUUCACAAAUUCUCAGCACAGCACCCAGAUGGCAUCAGGAACUGGCAGCUCCAGUGCUGUAAACUCUUAUUCUCCUCAAAGUCUGUCUGCAGUUAUUUGUUCUGGCUUUGGAAAACUUGGAUCCUCUAAAUUGAAAAACUCUACUGGAUCCCAAAUCUUGGACCAAUUGAAAUCUCCAGGUUUGGGUCAGUUUACCUGUCAACAAAACAACAGUAGCUCUACCACCACUACCACAACUACCACAUCAUCCUGGGAUCUAAAACCACCCAUUACUCAGUCCUCAGUCCUUACUCAGUUUGACUUUAAAUCCCAGCCUGAACCAUCCCCAGUUCUGAGCCAGCUGACCCAGCGACAGCAACAACAAAUGCAGGCAGUUCCUGUUCCUCCUUCUGGGCUGGAGUCCUUCUCCUCCCAGGUAAAACUCCGAGAGACAUCACCAGUAGACACCUCUACAGCUGUUAGCAAAAUGUUACAGCUCCCCGCUAUCUCUAUGGAUAACCAGACAGUGACUGCCCAUCAAACCCAGCAGAAACAAAUAAAACCACCAAAACGAAGGAUAACUCCAGCAUCCAAGAUUCCUGUCUCUGCAGUGGAGAUGCCUGGAUCAGCAGAUGUGACAGGGUUAAAUGUUCAGUUUGGAGCUCUGGAGUUUGGAUCAGAGACUGUGCUCCCAGAGUUUGGAUCAACUUCAAGCAGUGAGAAUACCAGCCAAGUGACCAACAAUAGUUUGUACUCAAAAUCUAUAAAUGAUCCUUUGAAUACCUCUUUGCCAGUAUCCAAUACAGUACAGGAGUCCACCUAUACAACCUCUGCCAUCACCUCUUCCAGUUUGACCUGCUCAUCCCAGAGCACUAGCCCAGUAACAACAACUUCCUCCUAUGAGCAGACAUCUGUGCAUAGUAGGAUAGCGUACCAAAGCUCCAUGGCUCCAUCUGAAUCAACCCCUGUUGCAGUUACGAACGGGCACAGUGGUGUUAGAACACAGGCAACUCUUGACACUGCUUCAUCAGUUCUAGUGCCCAAGACAGAGCCUUCUCCUUCGCUACCUUCUGUUGGUUCUCUGCCUAGUGUGAUAUCCACCACUGCUUCACUUCUGCCUUCAGCAUCGCAGCAUGCAGCAACAUUGCCCAGCUUGCCUCAGUCCAGUGAUUUAGCCAGCAGCUCACUUUCCCAGUUAAGCAGCUCCCUUUCCAAUCAUCAGAGUGGCCUCUCCCCUGCCUUAGUGUUGUCUUCAGACACAUCACAUGCACACACUAGUGUUGAGAACACAACUUCGCUCCAGCCUUCAACAGCCUUUUCAGCUAUUUCAACCCCAGCCACUAGCACCACUUCUUCAGUUGUCAACAUGGCAAGCAAUAUCAACACUACAAACAGCCUUGGCCUGAGUGUUACCAGUGUGUCUAUACCAGCUGCUACCACACGGGCAGCUCCCUUAGUGUCUUCAGGCAAAGCUCCCCCAAACCUGCCUCAAGGUGUACCACCCUUGUUGCAUAACCAGUAUAUUGUGGGACCUGGAGGACUUCUGCCUGCCUACCCACAGAUUUAUGGUUAUGAUGAUCUCCAGAUGCUUCAAUCCAGGCUGCCAAUGGAUUACUAUGGAAUUACAUUCCCUGCUCCUGCAGCCUUGACAGGCAGAGAUGGGAGCCUUGCUAACAAUCCAUACUCAGGUGACAUAAAAUUUGGCCGUGGGGAUUCUGCCUCUCCUACUCCUGCUACCACGCUCUCCCAGCCACAGCAGAACCAGACGCAGACUCACCAUACAACUCAGCAGCCCUUCCUCAACCCCACCCUGCCCCCAGGGUACAGCUACACUGGGUUACCUUAUUAUACUGGUGUGCCUGGUGUACCCAGUGCAUUCCAGUAUGGGCCAACCAUGUUUGUACCUCCAGCAUCUGCUAAACAGCAUGGAGUCAACCUGAACACUGCCUCGGCUCCUUUCCAGCAGGCGAGUGGCUAUGGGCAGCACAGCUAUGGAGCAGGCUAUGAUGACUUAACGCAGGGAACAGCAGCUGGAGAUUACAGCAAAGGAGGCUACAGUGGGUCAUCUCAAGUACAAAGCAAAUCUGCUGGCACUGGACCUGGGAAAGGUAUUUCCGUGACCUCAAGUAACACAGGUGUGCCUGAUAUCAGUGGCUCAGUCUAUAACAAGACUCAGACAUUUGACAAGCAGGGAUUCCACGCUGGCACGCCACCUCCUUUCAGCCUGCCCUCUGCUCUUGGAUCGACUGGGCCCCUGAACCCUGGUGCUGCCCCAGGUUAUGCUCCAGCCCCAUUUCUUCAUAUCCUGCCAGCGCAUCAGCAGCCUCAUUCUCAGAUGCUGCAUCACCAUCUUCAGCAAGAUGGGCAGGGUGGAUCUGGCCAACGCAACCAACCCAGCACCAUGCAGCAAAAGUCUCAGGCUACCAAAACCACCUAUGGCACUUCUCCAUAUUGGACAAACUAAAUCCAAAACAAGGGAGGAGGGAGAGAAUGAGAGGAAGAGAAAACAACAAAAGAAAAGAGAACAGGGGAAAAAAAAAAAAAAAAAAGCUGAAGCCCAUUACUGGAAUUAUUAGAAGUAACUGCUCAGCCAAAUGUCUAUGCGGGGAAAAUUGCAGCCGGUCAGCCAUCCUCUGUGUGACUCACCUGCUUCCUCUUUGAGUUGCUGUUGUAUGUAAUAUAUUUAUGUAUGUAUUUGUAAAUGUAAUAGAGCCUAAAUGUGGUUUUCUGCA